AUGUACUGUGUGUAUAUGUGUACAUGGUUCGUCAUGUACUCCAGAAAAAUAUUGAUUUUCUACUUUCUCACGCUCUCUGUAUUGAUCUCCAAUCCCAAUUUCGGGUCUAUUUGUAUUUGGUCAAAACAACUGACAGAAUACUUAUUACGUCACCUGGCCAAUCGUACGGGUCCCACUGUUUUCACCUACGAGCUGCAUCUUGUCGGGGACGGACAAAUUGGUGAGGAAGUCGUGGAGAAUGAUACACAUCAGUGGACCGGGAUUGUCGGGGAAAUUCUCUCCGGGAUGGCAGAUCUGGCAGUCGCCCCAGUCUCAAUCACACCGGAACGUGCGGCUCGUGUGGAAUUCUCUAAACCGUUUAAAUAUUUGGGCAUAACGAUUUUGGUGAAACGAGUACCCAAAUCUAACCUGGGUUCAUUUUUACAACCGUUCGAAAGCACCCUCUGGGUUCUCGUCGCCUUGUCCGUGCAUGCGGUCGCUUGGGUGCUCUAUCUACUCGACCGGUUCUCUCCGUUCGGUCACCUGACAAAAAAGGAUUAUCCCAAAGUGAAGGGUAACUGUAUCGGGGCCUAUCCCGUGUCGACAGAAAAUCUCUGCCCCCAGGAUAGCAAUACUUUGGAAUCGCAGAAACUCAAUGCAACCGCACCAUCAAAUGAUGCUAUCAGUAAUCAUUCUUACAAUUCGACCUCCUCAACAGACACCUCAGAUGAGGGUCUGACUUUAAGCUUGGCGGUCUAUUUUGCUUGGGGUGUGCUACUCAAUUCGGGGAUCGGAGAGGGCACACCACGAUCGUUCAGUGCACGUGUGCUCGGCAUGGUCUGGGCCGGAUUUGCCAUGAUCAUUGUGGCCAGUUACACGGCUAAUUUGGCCGCAUUCCUCGUGCUCGACCGACCGGAAUCGUCCAUCUCGGGAAUUGAUGAUAUGCGUGUGAGUUCUUGGCACCACCGAACUCUGUUCUGUUCUCUGUGUGUGUGUGUGUUUGCGUGUGUUCAAUAUGCAUCUCAUCCUCCGGUAAGUCGAUGA